UCCUGUCUUCACAGCCGCUGGUCGACUUGCUCGUUGCGUUGCUGUACUGCGUUGCUCUGGGACACUCAGCUGGAUUGUUCUGCAGCCGCAGUGUCGGAGCACAGAGCUCAACUACUCGCUGCUGCAGGAGGUCAUCAGCUUAUCAAUGCUGUUUUCUCUUGGUGCUGAAUGAUGCCAUCCAUCUCUUCUUGAAUUUAACUUUCUGAAAAAAACAACAACAACACUCUGUCCUGUGACUUUUAACCCCUUGGCUUCUCUAAUCGUUGUUUUUUAUUGGUCAGGCGUUCGUGUGACAUCACAGGAAGUCGGAUGAAGUUCCAUCAAACCCGAACACUUCUACCUGAGAUCGGCGUUGAUUUUUUUCACCACUCCAUCAGUCUGAGAGACGAAUAAACUGUCCACUGCGAACACUUCUACAAACACCAGAACAUCCCACCUCCUUCUCCUCCUCCUCCACCCAGCAGAGAUGAACGAGGAGGUGGAGGAGUCACAGCUGUCCGAGGAGGUGCAGGAGGCUGAGGAGCAACAGGAGGAAGAGCAAGAGGAGGAGCAGUUGGUGCAGGAACAAGAGGGAAAGCGGCAAGAGGAGUUUGCAUUGGAGGGGAUGCAGGGGGAGGAGGAGGAGGAGGAGGAGGUGGUGCAGCAACAGGGGGAGGAGCAGGAGGAGUCUGCGGAGCUGCAAGAGGAGGAGGUGCAACUUGUGGAAGAGGUGCAACGGGAAGAGGAGGAGGAGAUGCUACAGAAAGAGCAGGAGAUGGACAUGCAAAAGAAAGAGGAGUUGCAACUUGAUGAAGAGGUGAAACAGCCUGAACAGGAGGAGCAGGAGCUGGAGGAAGAGCAGUUUGAGGAUCUUCCACAGACCGAGGAGGAGGAGCUGCAGACGGAGGAGGAGGUGCAGAUUGUUGAGAUGUCACAGUCUGAGGUGCAGCAGACGGAAGAGAAGCAGCAGCAGCAGCAACAGAGUGAGGAGGAGGCGCAGAUUGAGCAGGUGCAGUACUUGGAGGACGCUCUGGAGCAGAACCACAACCAGCAGGUCCUGAUCCGUCUCAGAGGGAUGCAGAAAUACAAAAGUACAUCGCAGAGGCUGAAGAUGGUCCUGGAGCAGAUGGACCGCGGCGUGGUCGACCUGCAGGAGCUCCGCAGGAACCUGGAGCUCGCUGCCGCCAUGUUGGACUCUGUUUACACAGAUGAGACCAGACGUCUGUUAGACACUGAGGACGAGCUUAGCGACCUGCAGGCGGAGUCCGUACCCAGCGAGGUACGCGAUUGGCUGGCGUGCACCUUCAGCAGGAAGAUGGGCGUGGCCAAGCGUCGCCCGGAGGAGAAGCCGAGAUUCAGGAGCAUCGUCCACGCGGUGCAGGCUGGGAUAUUUGUAGAGAGGAUGUACAGACGGACGUCCAACAUGGCCGGUCUGACCUACCCUCCUACGGCUCUGACAGCUCUGAAGGAAGUGGAUCAGUGGUCGUUUGAUGUCUUUUCCUUCCACGAGGCCACGGGAGACCACGCCCUCAAGUUCCUCGUCUACGACCUGCUGACCCGCUAUGACCUCAUCAACAGGUUCAGGAUCCCUGUUCAGGCUCUGGUCCAGUUUGUCGAAGCUCUGGAGAACGGUUACAGCAAACACAAGAACCCGUACCACAACCUGAUCCACGCCGCUGAUGUCACACAGACCGCCCACUUCCUCAUGUUACACACAGGACUCAUGCACUGGCUGAGCGAGCUGGAGAUUCUUGCGAUGGUUUUUGCAGCGGCGAUUCACGACUUUGAACACACAGGAACGACCAACAACUUCCACAUCCACACCAGGUCGGAGGUCGCCAUCCUGUACAACGACAGGUCGGUGCUUGAGAAUCAUCACGUGAGCGCCGCCUACAGGCUGAUGGCGGAAGAGGACAUGAACAUCCUGAUCAACCUGAACAAAGACGACUGGAGGGAGCUGCGGGCUCUGGUGAUAGAGAUGGUGAUGUCCACAGACAUGUCGUGUCACUUCCAGCAGAUAAAGACGAUGAGGAACGCUCUGACACAGACUCUCAGUAUAGACAAAGUGAAGGUUUUGUCUCUGAUGCUUCACGCUGCAGACAUCAGUCAUCCUGCUAAAGCCUGGCCGCUGCACUACCGCUGGACCCACAGUCUGAUGGAGGAGUUCUUCAGACAGGGAGAUAAAGAGGUGGAGCUCGGCCUUCCUUUCUCUCCUCUCUGUGACCGUAAAGCCACCAUGAUCGCCCAAUCACAGAUAGGUUUCAUCGACUUCAUCGUGGAGCCGACCUUCAGCGGUCUGAUCGACACUACAGAGAAGGUGAUUGGUCCUUUGAUAGAUGAGGACAGGAAGGCCAGAGAGACAGGAAACAGGGAGUCCAGCCUGACAGGCAGUGGCUCGGUUACCGUGGAGUCGGUGCAGAGACACAGCAGUGGUCGCCAUAGAAACAGUGAUGAUGGACACAUGGAUUUUUCCCUGACUGCCAUCGACCUGCCGGCUCUGAGGACCCACCUGUCAGGUGUCAUUGCCAGCAACAAGGACAGAUGGAAGGAGCUGUCUGUGCACGAGUUGGCCAAUAAGGAGCAAGAGGAAAAAGAGAGCGUGGCGUCUAAUGACAACCAAUCACAAGCCUCACCCAGCCACAGUGUCCCUGACAGACACACCUCGGACCAAUCACAGAACUGUGACGACGCCCCUCCUGAAGAUCACCUGACCUGCAACGGGGCGGGGUCAGUGGAGAAAGAUGAGCAGGAGGAUGAAGUGCCUGAAAACGCCUGAGGAUGAACCGCAGCACACUCACCACUCGACGACGACGGCGAGUGUUCAGACUCGUCUGUUUAAACUCAGCAGUGGACCCCGGCGGGCCCCCUCAGCGGACCGCGUAGGGCCCGCAGACCUUAUGUUUACAACGAUCCAUCACAUUUAAAGUGACACCGUUCAUCAAAGAACAGCUUCUUAGUGCUGAACGUGUUUAUGAUUUUAUUAGAGACUCAGUGGGAAAAAGAAUGUGAAAUAAGAGGAAGACGUAAAUAAAAAUAAAGACAGGUGAAACCAGAGAGCAAAGUGUUCUCAGGCUAACGCAGGUUAAGUGUUUAUUCUGCGGAGGAAUGAAGCAUUUGUGAAUGAAGUUAAUCUCUUAUAAGAUGUCAGGAGUGUGAGGAUGAUUUCUGCUCUGGGCUCAAAUGACUGUUGUGCCUCUGGC